AUGGUAAAAUUAAGCUUAAAUUCAAAAAUAGUGAAAAAAAAUAAAGUGUUAGAUAAUAGAAUAUGCUUCAUAGCCUUAAAAUCAUGUAAAAAUAUCCAAAUAAAUGGAAUUUUGACAAGUGGCAUAGAUGCACACAUAACUCUUUUGCCUAGAACUGUCAUUUACUUUUGCAAUUUGAACCCAGUACCUCACCUUAAGCAAAAAUGCUUAUAG